AUGAACUCCAGCCACAGCUUCAGCCAGACCCCCUCAGCCUCCCUCCAUGGCACCAGAGGCAGCUGGGGCUGGCCGGGGAGCUUCCCUCGGGCUCCCAGUGUCCACGGAGGAGCGGGCGGUGUCCGCAUCUCCCUCUCCUUCACCUCGCCAAGCUGCCCACCCCCUGGAGGGUCUUGGGGGUCUGGAAGAAGCAGUUCCCUCCUAGGUGGAAAUGGGAAGGAGACGAUGCAGAACCUCAAUAACCGCCUGGCCUCCUACCUGGACAAGGUGCGUGCCCUGGAGGAGGCCAACGUGAAGCUUGAAAGUCAUAUCCUGAAGUGGCAUCAGCAGAGAGAUGCCAGUGGUAAGCAAGAUUACUCCCAAUAUGAGGAAAACAUCAGCCGCCUGCAGGAACAGAUAGUGGGCGGUCAGCUGAACAAUGCUCAGAUCAUUCUCCUCAUCGACAACGCCAGGAUGGCAGUGGACACCUUCAGCCUCAAGUAUGAAAAUGAACACUCCUUCAAGAAAGACUUGGAAACUGAAGUUGAGGGUCUCCGAAAGACCUUGGAUGAUCUGACCAUUGUCAUAACAGACCUGGAACAGGAGGUUGAGGGAAUGAGGAAAGAGCUCAUCCUCAUGAAGAAGCGCCAUGAGCAGGAAAUAGAGGAACAUCAUGUGCCAAACAACUUCAAGGUCAAUGUGAAGGUGGAUACAACCCCAGGGGAAGAUCUGAUUAAGGUCUUGGAGGAUAUGAGGCAGGAAUACGAGUCUAUAAUAAAGAAGAAGCAUCAAGAUUUGGACACCUGGUAUAAAGAGCAGUCAGCGGCAACGGCCCAGGAGGUGGCCAGUCCAACAGUUGUACAGAGCAGCCAAAGUGACAUCCAUGAACUGAAGCGUACUUUCCAGGCCCUGGAGAUUGACCUGCAGGCGCAGUGCAACAGGAAAUCUGCUUUAGAAAACAUGUUAUCGGAGACCCAGUCUCGGUACUCCUGCCAGCUCCAGGACAUGCAACAGAUCAUCUCCCACUAUGAGGAGGAAUUGAAGCAGCUACGCCAUGACCUGGAGCAUCAGAACAACGAGUACAAGGUCCUCCUGGGCAUCAAAACCCACCUAGAGAAGGAAAUCGCCACCUACCGCCAGCUCCUGGAGGGAGAGAGUGAAGGGACAAUGGAGGAAUCUAAGUCAAGUGUGAAAGCGUCUGCAGCUCCAAAGAUCAAGGCCAUCACCCAGGAGAGCAUCAACGGAAGAGUAAUUCUUUCGCAAGUGAAUGAGAUCCAAAAGUAUUCAUGAAACCAAUAAAAGUUUUU